AAUGUAACGCAAGCUAUUACUUAUUCAUAAGACAUCCACAAAAUUUUGCAUAUUUUUGGCCGCCAACAUGGCCUAUCAAACAGGUCAGCAUGCUAAGAAUUUAUCGAACUGAGCGUGGCUUAAAAGUCCUAAAGCGUGAGAAAAUGAGCAAAAUUCAUUUACUUUCAUUUGAGUGGCCUCUGACAGCAGAAAGGAAACCUGGUCGAUAGCUAAGACCGUAAGUAUUGAUUUAUAUUGAUUGUACACUCGAUGAUGAAGUUAAUUUACUGGCAGAUUUUUCAUAUAUUGUCCAUCACUGGUGUAGAACUUUGAAAUCAUCCCUCCUCAAGUCAGGGUUUCUACGAAUACACAUCCAGGGAUAAACCUGUAGACUCUAUUUAUUUAUACUCUAUUUAUUUACAGUUUCAAUUGCUUUCUCGAAAGAAAUAAUUCCUGUUUUGAAGGUUAACACCCGUGUCCAGUUGUCAACAGCUUUAAUUUCCUCCAAUGCUGGACAUUAGGGACUUUGAAUACGCAAUAAUUCUGUUUCUCUGCAAGCCAAGUUUUUACAGUACAACCAACAAUUUAAGAUAGUCUACAAUUUGCAUUUCAGGCCAUCUAUUAACAGCUAUAACGAAGACCUGAAAGAUCUGAGUUUUCAAUUCGAGCCUCAAUUGAGGUUUACUCCGAUUCUGUCAAUAGCAACUCGUUACCUCGAUGAUAUUUAUUGCGGAACCACCGAAAAUUCGUGCUUUGCGCAAUCUGAUAACCUGUAAACAAUUGUGCUUUAUUGUGUUACACGGAGAUCGGGUUUAAAAGAUAGCUGGCUAUCUUGACAUACGCAUACACCAGCGAGUUGUUAUAACUACUGCGAAAGCAAACAGAGCCACAGAUUAAAAAAUUAUAUUUAUAUAUUUUCGUAGAUCCAACAAAUGAACGCUCUAAUCCAAAGUAAAUGAAGUCUCACAUUUCGCUAGUAUUCUCAGACUUCCUGUUCUUUGUUGAAGAGUGUAAGUCACAUGGUUCAAUAGUUGCUACGCAACCAAGUACUCAAAAUGAGAACCUGUGACAAGUAAACAAAUCGGAAAUUAUUUUCAUAUCCGAAACAAUCGGAAAUAGGGCUGCUAUUUAAUGGGAGACUGGCCGCUGUUAAACACCUUAAAAGCCUUUCAAAUUCAUACUUCUCCAAAGGUCAACAAAACAAUGGAAGAUUUGCGCAAAGAAGCAUGACAGAUCAAUUUCACGCCAUAUGCAUGCACGUAUUCAGUCUCGUCCUUAUUAAGCCCCUUGGAACACAUUGAGCGCUGGUGAAGGAGAAGUGUCUGAAAAAGCCUCAUGAAACAUGAUGAAGAAAAAGCAGACUUAAUUAUAUUUUUUGUGCGCGGAACCUUUCUGAGGGCGUUGGGUAAACAACUGGUUUUGGUCGCGGUUUUUAUAAUGAAACUGAUAUGUUUAUCAAACGAGAAGGGACUCCGAUAUUUCCCACAAAUCAUGCUCUUUUUUCGUAACCUUUGGGUAAGGUGUCUCGAUUACCUUCCGCCGUUCGGGAAAAGAGCUUGCGCUCACCGCCUCUCCCUUCCCUCGAAGUCACAACACUUCCUUCUCAGAAGGAUUGAGGAACGGUCUCAAGAAAACGGUGGAAAGCGGGCCUAGAGCUAAAAAAAAAAUACGUGAUUACUACGUUGUCUUUCAUUGUCACGAAAGAAGGUGUACGCUGAUUUCUCGACCACUAACAGCCAAUUAUUUUAUCUCAUAGGUAGAGGUCCUAAUUUAGAGGGGUCAUGGGCAACUGCGCUCAAAAGGCGCUUGGAACAAGGUCCCUCCUGAGGGAGGACCAAGAUGAGGCAUGGAAGGCCCAAACACGAGGAAAACUUGAAAACAAACUUUACACGUUUGUGGACCUCAAAGGCCUAGGGGGCAGCACCGAAUUUGUAAAAGUCUGGAAGGAAAGCGGCAAGUUAGGGUUUGUGAAAAAGCUUCAGGAUGAAAAAAUUCUAUUACCUUACUUAUAUGAACAAGGAGAAGGAAAAGUACUUACUGCUGAAGAACUCAAGGAAUGGCGGAACUCAGAGGUAUAGUUAUGAAACAGCUCGCGAUUCUUCAUAAAUUGUGACCGUUCACGUUUUUGUCUCCUAAUUAAACAAUGAAGAGUUAGACGACUGGCUGGGGUCUCUGUCUUUCACUGUCUGCAAAGCACGCUGCUAUAUUCCAUCUUUCAAAGUAUCUUACCCAAGAUUGCUGUGGCCAGUCUGUGGUACUCUACAUCCUGUUAGCUUCUGGCCUGUAUCGCUCUUAUUUUGAAUGAUGUAUCUGUUGACUAUGCUUUUCCUGGCGUUUCUUUUCGGUUCUUUUGUUUCUUCGUUCUUGCGCUCUAUCCUUUUUAAGGUGAAGGUUGCUAAUAUCAGACUUUCACUAACAUUGAUCUCAACUAUGUUUACUACUUCUCAGCCCGAAAGACACAGGACAACCGAAAGUCGCGAUGAUUCACUUCACGCACCUCGUAAAGCUUGCUGGUCUCUGGCACACCGUGGGACACUGGGGGAAACAGCGCUGCACCUGUGCUUCCUUACGAACAAUAAGACUAUGACAGAGAUGGCGCGUGCUCUGUUGGAAUUGUAUCCUGCAAUGGCACUGGACCAAUACGAAGGCCAUGAAUACCGUGGUAAGGAAAGAAGUUAUAUUCGAUCAUUUUUCUCUCAGCUCAGGGGCUAUUCUGUAAUAAGGAGCCUUUUUAAGAGACUCUAAACAGAACAGAGAAUUUAAAUGAAACUUGAAAUUUAUGGCGUAAAAGUACGCUAAAGAAACUCGGCGAAAGUUCCAAGCAGUACAUUGAAAAAGUUCUUGGUAGGACACUUAACCCAACCAACUUACAUAAAGCGUGCGAUCAGGAUUAUGACAUAUUCAAACCCUGGCUUUUAAUUACAUACUUUUUCAAGGUAUCUAGAGGCUUACUUGGUUCGCCCCAUCGAGAAAGGAACGUUAUCUGCCAUAAGGACCUAGUUUAAAAUUUGGGGGCGCGCUGGAAAAGUUGAAGGCGAACUUGUUUUAUUUCAGGGGGCGAACUCGCGAAGGUGGUAACGGGUGGAAUUACUAUGGGACAAAAUGUCCAUAAACCCUUUGCCAUCAGCCCAGCUUUCCAUUGCCAGUUUUUUUUUUCACCAGAGUUUUCAUAGGAAAAUUAAGAGGAAGGAGGCAUUGAUAAAAAUAUUUUGCUUUCUUAUUUUAGGUGAAACGUCUGUUCACAUCGCGAUAGUAAAUGGAGAUCUGGAGUCACUAAAGCUUCUGAUUGAGAAAUGCAGUGCUGAUGUUCACGCGCGCGCACGAGGGAGAUUUUUCAUGCCAGAAGAUUGCAAGGAUAAAAUGAAAACAGAGACAGACUAUGAUGGUGAGUGAAAAGAACUCCCCACCCUCCCCUCGAGGAAGAAAGUUCCCCUUAAUAAAGCUAUAGACGUACAGACCGUCUCAAACGGUCAGGUUUUUGGGGCCACAUUUAUUUGAAAAUGGUAUGAACAAUUUGGCGAGCAAAUAACAGCGGAAGUCUUGAAGAUUUAUAGCUUUUCUAUUAAUUUUUUGAUCGUCUCAGUUGCACAGAAGACUGGUAUGGGCUUCUAUAACGCAGGUGUAUCAAUCGUUCUAAAAAGUGCGCUUAAGAGUGGCUAGUUACGGUCUCUUACGAAACUUGCUGUCAACGCCUCCCUUUUGACGUCUCAAACGUUCAAAAAUGUUUUCAACCGACAGGUUAUGCUUAUUACGGCGAGUACCCAGCAGCCUUUGCCGCAUGUUUCGAGAGAGAGGACAUGUACGAUUACCUUAUAAGGAAUGGCGCAGAUCCCAACAAGCAAGACACCUUUGGAAACACAGUGCUACACUUGUGCGUCAUACACAACAAAAUAGUAAGUUAGUUUAUAAUUUAGUUUUUUCACCGUUAGGAUCUGGUUCCUCAAUGGGUGGUUAACGCUAUUUGCAGCUGGAUAAUUCUGUAUCCGGCGGAUAGCGUGGCACUUUUUGUUAACACUUAUCCGCUGGAUAGCGAUUUACUGGUUAUAAAUAUAGUUAGCGUUAUCCGCCUUUGAGCGACUGGACCCGGGGGCAGACGUUCUUCAUAUUUCUACACGGAACAAAUGUUACCAAAGAAGAAAAUUUUGUUAUUUUAUUGAUUAAAUCAAUCUCAGAAUUUCAGCUGGUUUGUUCUAACUACGCUAUGAAUGAAAAUCUCGUAGCACAGUCUAUAUGUCUAUAGUUGUAACAUUCAAGACGGACAGAUAAAAAGUUUUAAAAUUUAAACAAUGAAUGAUCAGAAAAUGAAACAAAACCGCUGUUUUUUAAUCCGCCAUUCUAUUUCUCAAGUUAGAUGUGUAAGGUUAGAUUAAGUUUUUAUCGGUGAGGCUUCGGACGCGUUUAGUCACCGAUUAUACCAAAUGGUACCAAGUGAUAUAGUAAACUUACAUUUCUUUUAUAGGACAUGUUUCUUCACGCUACGCGAAGGAAGCACGUGAUCCCCGGCAAUACGUUCAUAAAAAAUGGCCAAGGACUUUCCCCCCUGACACUUGCUGCUAAAUUGGGACGAAAGGAAAUAUUUUAUAUAAUUCUCGAGCAUCAAAGCAUAGUAAGUUAUCCUGGCUUUACAACUGGUGAAAUUUAGUCCUUUACACCCCAAAAUCAAUGUGCAGAUUCUCUAGUCUGUUCUCUAUAAAUUUCCAAAGGUGCUGACCAGGAGAAUUGUUUAACAGUCAAGAGUUUCUUUAGUUGGUGAUCAUUUCUUUUAUUCUCGUAACCCUUAUGUUUGACUCAGGGGUGAAGAGAUUGGAUGGUAGUUAUUCUUAGGCGUUAGGGGGCUAAACUUUAAGAAUUCUACGCUAAAUUUUUACUAACAACUGGACUAAGUUAGUGUCACAGGAUUAUCAUUAUAAUAGUUUGCAGCUUUUAAUCGAUCUUAACUCUCGUAUGAAUUAAUUUAUGAAAGGAAUACUGGACGUAUGGACGCAUGACAUGUUCGGGAUAUCCGCUGGAGGGUUUGGAUUCCAUUGACAAGAAUGGUAAAUCUGGUAAGUCAGAUAAAACUUGUGUAGAGGGGGUAAGUUUCUAAAGAAAAUGUGUUGCUGCGUCGGUGGAAGAGUAUAACAGGGUAAUUUAGUAUUGUCAACUGAGUUGAUAACGUAAAUUGGCCACCGUAAAGAGUUUAAAAGCUGACGUUUCGAGCGAUAGCCCUUCGUCAGAGCGAAUGACGAAGGUGUAACGCUCGCAAGGGACUGAGUCGUGUUUGGUUUCAGUUUUGAAUCUGGUUGGUUAAGAAAGUGGUACGGGUUUCCUAGUUCCUGGACCAAUCACAAAACGCAGUGAAGCAAACUAGAAGCGAAGCAGGAUUACUGAACACUUUCAAUCGAAAAUUGAUGAAACGAUAUCAGGGCUUACUUACAUUGUGUUCUCUCCAUCAUGAUUCGGCUUUUAUUCCCGUCUUGCCUUCAAAUUUAACCUAAUCCUCGAGCUCUGUCGCCUCGGCCGAGCCUGACAGGAAAAUGGUGCGUCACAUGGGGAGACGCACCGUUUUCCUCUCUCCCCUCUUCUUAAUAGCAUUAGCACAGACAGAAUGAGUUUGGCAUGUUCUGUUUUAUUCGAUGUGUCUUUUUUUAGGUGAUGACUCAGCAUUAAUUAUUACACUAAAUGGGAAGAAGGACGAUCAUUUGGACAUGCUGAACAGCGGUAUCAUGUAUCGCCUUUUGGAAGAAAAAUGGAAAGCUUUUGCGAAGGUAGGAAUGCUGAAUUCAAUCGAGGGGACCUUUGCUUAUGCAGACAAAAAAUUUCGUUAAUAUUACACGGGCUUGUUGAAUUGGGAAAUGAUGUGGGAGAAGAGAGAACUUGAACACAGAGUAACACAACAGCCCCUUCAACUGUCUUUAGCAAAUAAUGAACUCUGGUGAUUUCCAUUUUCAUCGCAGGGCAAGUUCUACAGGCGACUGUUAUUCGCGGUGCUUUACCUUGUGGUUUUCAGUUUGGCCAUUUAUCUUCGUCCACGACAUCUUGAUCCCAAGAGAGUAGAGACUGGUACUGAUAGAGUAAGUUUCCUCAUGGGAAUUGGCAAAACGUACUGUUGUGAAAUGGAAUCCAUAAUUUUUUUUUCUUUUUCGCCUUCUUUUCCCAGCUUCCUCUGUUUAAAAACGGAGAGCCUUGAAAACAGACUAGUAAAUAUUGAUACAGAUUUUCCGGUUAAUUAAGCACUUUUUAUCCUCGCAUUCGAAUUCUUAGUUUCGCGUUGUUGCUGAAGGCUUCACAGUUCUUGGUGCGUUUAUCUACUUGGUGCUGGAAAUCAAGGAUGUGUUGAUAACUCAAGGAGUUCAAGCACAGAUGAAAACUUUGGUAUGAAAAUACUAAUGAUAGUCCCGCUGAUCUAAUUGAAAAUAUUAUUCAUCUAUAAAUUAUUAAUCCAUGUAUGAUAGAGUGGUUUUCAAUUGAGUGUCAGAACACCCAAAACAAAGUCGUCCCAGAGACCAAUCAGAAGAGAGGUUCACUCUAUAAUUAGCCAAUGAGAGCUCAAAGUGAAAACAGGCAAACUGCUGGAAGGGCGGGAAAACGCACAUGACUAAAUCGCGAUCGUUUUUAGUUUUGCAACUGAUUGGUUGAGAAGAUGGCGCGAAUUUUAUGGACAAAUCACAGAGUAAAUUUGAAAAACAGCAAAGCAAUUCCAGAUUUCUUUCGACACUCAGUUGAAAAUUUUCUCUAAAUGACUAAUGGAUUGGUACGAGGCUUUGUACCAAAAGUUCUCAAGGUACCCCAUGAUAUGAAAUUUAAUAGAAACGCGCAUUUUAGGAUACAAAAGGAAAGAGUCUUCGACAUCCUUACGAAAACUAGCGCUUUUUUUCUCAUCGUUCGCUUUAGCCAGACUAUAAUGAUUCAUAUUCCAUAGUGGCUGAUCCAAUCAGAACAAACUAGACGUAUGAUCCACCGAUCCGCCAAUCAUUUCCCUUAAAAAUUGCAUAACAUUUAAAGUGCAAAAGACACCGUAGUGGACCAACAUUCUUCAUUCACUGUCGCGAAAUGGCUAUCUUCAUAACCAAAUAAGACUGAUAUAUUAAAAACUUGAUGAAGAAAUUCUUUGCAACAGAGGUUCCUUAUUUAAUGUCAUGCAAACAUCUUCUGCAGCGUGACGCACCAGGCAAAGCGAUCUUUUUAGUAUCCUGUGUUCUCGUUAUCCUUGCGUUACCAUGCCGUUACCUCGGAGAACACCAGGCCGAGACUACUAUGUUAAUUCUUGCUGCUCCUAUGGCCUGGUGCUACCUGCUGUUUUUCUGCAGGUGAGUCACAAUUAGCUUUGCAUGAUGGGUAAAAACUACUAAGUACACAAUUUAGAGCAAUUUCCAAUUGGAUGUUGAAAGAGAUUUGAGAUUGCAUUGGUUUUGCUUUACCUCGUUCUGUGAUUGGGUCAGAAAACUAACGCCACUCUCUCCACCAAUCAGAUGCAACACUAAAACCAAUGACGACUUGGUCGCCCGCGUUUUCCCGCCAUUUAGCGGACAAAGCUUGCCUGUUUUUACUAUGUGUUCUUAUUGGCUCUUAAAUAUAUUUUUCUUUUUUCUGAUUGGCCGUUGUUUUUACUUUGGAUUUGGUUUUACGACAAUCAGUCGAAAAGCGCUCUAUUUGUGAUGGAGAAGAAUUCCGUUGGGGAGGGGGUGUGCACCCAUCUCUCACUAAAGACUUUUAAGGUUAGGAGGGCACCGUCUGUUGAUGGUUCAUAACUUAAAGUGAAUGCAACAUUUAUGGUAAUGUUCCAGAAAACACUCUUGUCUGUCACUUAAUUUGCAGGGGGUUUGGAGCAAUCGGUCCUUUUGUAGACAUGAUAUACAGGAUGUGCGCUGGAGAUAUGACCAGGUUCUUCAUCAUUUAUAUUAUCUACGUGGUGGGGCUUGCACAAGGUAAAACAACUUCGUCAGCGAUAUACGACGCGUAGUCACAUAGAAGAUGACUAUGGUCAUGGCUUCUAUGAAAAAGCGUCAAAAAUGGAAAAAUAUGCUUUGCCUUCAAAUUGCGCUUCAAGAGAAUGAUAAUUUGCGAACAUUUUUCGAUACAUCGACAGCAAUAAACUAAUUUUUGUUUCUGUGUGGUAUAUACCAAAAGUGUCGGUGAAAGUGGUGGUAAUUUAUCUCUAUAAAUGUUUAAAACCAGUAUCAGUUAAGAAGGAGUACAUUUCGUAAUGAAGACCGUAUUAGGGUAACUCUCAACGAUACAUGUCUUCAUUUCAUUGUAAUUAAAACUGGUGACUAGUUUUUUUAAGACCCUCUUAUAUUUUUUUCGAAGCCUUCUCACACGUGAUGAAAGGGGUGAACGGAUUCACGAACGAAGGAUUUACCAUCAUGACGCUAAUGCGCAUGACAUUUGGCGAGUUUGACGUAAGUUGCAAUGCGUCGUUACCUAAUAAAUAUUAUUCAUUUUCAUAACUACGUAUAGAGUAAACCAGCCCCUUUCACCACUGGAAAAAUGCAACACAUUAACGGUGAAAUCCUAACAGAAUGCAGAAAGCUCGUAACAUGAAUCCAAUUUAAUGGCUUAAAUCGAAGUUAGCACAAGUUUCCAUAUCUCAGUGGUCGAACAUUCGACGUUUUGAUUGGGUCAUACGUUCUCCUCUCAGCGAAACUCAUAAUUUAUCCUUUCAAAGUACUCCAUAGUCACUCUCCGAAAAACAUCUCUCUUUUGCCGAUCGAAAUUGUUCGGUUUUGUCAUGUCCUGAUAAUAUUUUUUUGUUCCGGUAGUAUUUUUACGAAGCAAUUAGUGAUUUCACAAAAUGUUGUUUUGCGGAAGUGCAUUUUUGUUCCCCCAUACAUCCAGUGUUCCUUAGCUUUUACUGAUGUCGCAGAAAAUUUCAAAAUGGUAGUUAUGUGUCCAUAAUUGCUGACUUCUGAUCUUUUGUCUCUCCCCAGUUCUUCACGUUCGAGAAGUCCCGGCAUCCUACACUGGCCAAGCUUUUAUUUUUCUACUUCAUGUUGUUCGUCACGGUUUUACUCAUGAACAUGUUGAUCGCCAUGAUGGCAAACACGUAUCAGAAUGUAAGUAAAGAACCGUCUGACGGAACACACGAGUCUGACAAAUCCUUGAGGAGUUUGCAUUUUGAGCCUUGAUUGAUUGGAGAGAUGGCAAGUUCUGAAAGUUAACUUACCCUCGUAGUGCCUCUGUCUUCACCCAGGAGUGUAAGUGGGUAGUGGCAAUUUGUCACGGAAACCUGAGAAAAUGCUAAGGGAAAGCCUGCAAAAAAUGCUGGUAAGAAACCAGCCAAAAUGACGGGAUGACGUGAUAAAAUACCGAGGGAACCCUUAACAAAAUACUGUGGGGAAACCUGACAAAAUGUCGCAGGAAAUCCUGACAAAAUGCUUUAGGGAAACCUGACUUAAUGCUGUGGGAUAACGUGAAAAAAUCCCGGGGGGGCACCAACAAAAUGCUGUGGGAAAACCUGACAAAUCAUUAAGGGGAAGCCUAACAAAAUUCAGGGGGAUAACCUAUGAUGGACUACGAUACUAUCCAGGGGGAAUUCCAAUACCCCUCAUCAGUACAUACCAUGGAAACAGCGAUAAGCUUGGGAAGUUAUUAGGCUCAACUUUGUUUCUGGUUUUUGUUGUUAUUGUUGUAACCAUUUUGUUUCUUGUUUUGCUCUUUAAAUUUGUUUACUUUUGGUGUGGUAGAUCUCAGACCGUUCGGCCAAAGAAUGGAGAAGGCAGGUGAGAUUUAAGAUCUUUCAACUGAUAAUUAGUUUGUAUGUACAAAAGGUAAAUCCUCUUCAAUCGACCACGCCAAAACCAAUGCAUUUGCUUCUGAUUUGCGGAGAAGGUGACAUAAGUCUAUUUAUAAAGUCAAUUGCAAAGUCUUGUGACCUAAACUCAUUGUGAUUCCUAAUUACUUAAAACAUUCCACCGAAUCCGAGUUAAAAUCCGGGUGCGAUUGUUUUUUCACCCAAGCGAUAGUAUGUAUAUUCUCCAUACUGUUCUCUAUACAUUUCUUAAGGUGCUGACAAGGAGAAUUUGUUUAACAAUCAAGAAUUUCUUUAGUUGGUGAUCAUUUCCCUCAUUCUUGUGACCCUAAUGUGUAAUUUAGGGGUGAUAUUGUGAGGAGAAAUUAGAUGCUGGUCACUGCAAGGGGUUAAAGUAUUAAGAGAAGCAAAGUAGUACCUAAAGGGUAUGUUAUCAAAGUUCGAGGAUAAAAAAGGAUCCCUAAAUUACAAUACAACCCAACCCAAUACACAAAAUUAUUUUAUUACUACUGCGUGUCUGACGGGUUCGGGAAAUAACUUCUGGGCGCGCGAAAGGGCUUUUGAUGAAUGACGCACUGCAAAAGAAAAACGGAUCAAAUUGGAAGUCUUCGUCUAAUUGUUAGCACGUCAUAUAAACUUAAGAAAACUUUCGUUUUCCUACACUGAAGUUAAGACGAAUUAACGACAGAUAACGAGAGAUUGUGGCGCAAAAACAGCUUGAAAUGUUUGUGAACUGAGAAGUAGAGUACAGCCCCCUAGGAUGAACAGUCGCAGUGUGCAUAUAUAUUGAACAUACCGAUGAGAGAUCUGUGGUUUUGUUUUUAGUGGGCACAGAUUAUCAUGGUAUUAGAACGUUCAGUGAGCCCAUUGGAGCUGAAAAGGCUACAGGAUGACUACUCUGUUAACAUGGCAUCGGAAGGAAGCGAAGAAAGGCGAAGGGGAUUAAUGGUGAUCAAAAAGAGCAGCUUGCCAAGUAAAGCUGACAAACGGAAAACCGCCAUCUUGAAUUGGCAGGUAAGUCUUGAUCUGAAAAAAAAAAUUCUGAUAAUAAAUUUUCCUGACAGAAUGCUUUCAAUAUGUAUUUCCCGGUUUGAAAGUAUGCAGGGCGUUUCCUUCGAGCAUUCUACUACGAUAUCGGAAGGUGUUUGGUUCUGUUCCUUUGGGAGAGACUCAGAUGUUUCCUUGUAUCACUUUUGACAAAUGUUUAUCAUCUUUCUCUCUCUUUAAUAAGUUUACAUGAAGUGCCCCCUCUAAAUAUACUGGCGAGUAAGUACAUAGUACAUAGUACCAUAGUACAUAGUACCAUCUUCCCCAUAAGAACAUUUCCAGAACAAGUUUUGAAAGAAGUAAUUAGCUCCGUUCCAAUUCCUUCGGUACGAAAUAUUUCGUAAGGCUUAAAAUCAUUCUGAAGCGAACCGCUCAAAGAGUAGGAAAGAAAUACCACCGCUCCUUAAAAUAAAUAGCAGUUAAUUCAGCAUAACCGUAAAAACGACGUCAAAACCUAUCUUACUAAGCACAUAAACCUGUUAUCAAUUUAAAGUUGGUAUAAAAAUACUUAUACGUUACGCCUAUAAACGUACGGUGUUGUUAGUCAAGUCUAAGUGAUUUUGAGUAGAACUCUCUUUUAAAUGAAACAGAAUUUAGUUUUACUUACUGGUUGAGUACAUCUAAGUGUAUCUAGAACACUUCUGGCAAAGGCGGUUAGUCUAACAAAUGAUUUAACCAUACUAAAGCGCAGCUCUUUAUUUCUUUAAAAUUAAUACAAUCAAAUUCUAAAAAUUUAACGUUAGGCUGUACUCAACGAGCUGAGGUCUGAGCAGGCCGACUCUGAAGGAGGCAGGUAACAUAAUUCUAAAAACAACCUGCAUAUCCUUUCACCUGCAACUUAAACUUCACGCACGCGCACUUACCUGCAGAACAGUCCGCUACUGCUUAAGCGAGUAAUAAAGGGUUGGACGUGUGGGGUUGUCCCACAUGGAUAGCCAUGACAUGUUCAAUAGAGGUGUCUUUUGAUCUUCUUAGGACUGUUCUGCAGUCAGCACUCAAUUCCAGAGUAAACGUUAAAGCUAUAAUUAAAGUGUUUGAAUAAUUAAUUUGCAAAGAGAGUGGAAAAGAACAAGACAGCGGUCGCUUGAAGAGAGGCGGGGGCUCGGACAGAGACAGCUUGCACUUUAAAACGGCGACCGCCGUUUGCCUAAGCCUCUCUUUUGCUGUUCCCAGCUUGAGAGCUUGCAACAGGCUAAAAAAACAAACAAAGAAACAAGUAAAAAAACUAAAAGCCAAGUUAAAAAAUUGAAGUAAAUUUGACAUGUUUAAAACUAAAAAAUUAGCUUGGUUCAGUCUAAACGAAUCACAGAGCUAAGUAGAGCAGUCCCGUUGCAAUCCCAGGGUUCUUUUCGACAUCAAUGAACAAAAUGGCCCAGCCGACCAUGGCUUUAAGGAGACGAAGAAUCAAGGAAUUAGUUCAUUGAAGGAGCCACGAAAUGACACACAAAGUUGCCGUUAUCUGAGAGGGAACUAAAAUCAGUUGUUUCGUGUGAUAGAGAAAAUUGCAAACAAACAACGAAAAAUUAAUAAGGAAAAAGCCCAUUGGUUAAAAUAAUAAACUUUAAAGCAACAACAAGAUGGGAAAGGAUGGAAAAGAUUUUCUUAGAUUACAUAGACUUGAUAGAAGCCACUGAUCAUGACGUACAAGGUUAUGUACAAGAUUAAAACUGUGACGUAAAUAACCACUAGAAAGUACCUUAGCCUAUGAUUGAAAUAACAUGAUAAUUUGCAUACCAUUUUUUCGUAUCAUUUCCAAAUGAUUUAUUUCCAAAUCUUUUUCUCCCAGAUUCUUGGAAUUGACUCUGUGAAAAACAAACUUCAAGAACAGGCGAAAAAACGGAAUCUCACACCAGUAUCGACGUGAGCCUCACGUGAACAUCACGUGAUCAAAUCAGCACGCGGACACUAUGACGUGGACGUACGGAUGCGAGGUCGCUCGAUGAAAGAUGGGAUAGAUGGAAAUGUGCAUUUGUUAUAAUACCUCGAGAAGACUUUCUCAAAACAAAAAUCGCUGAAAUAAGGCGAGAUUUAUUGAGGGAGAUAUCUCAUAAGAAUGGAUUGAGGAUGUAAAAGAGCAAAAAGAACAUUUUCAAAUUUGGGGAAAAGCAUAAAAUGAAGUGUAAUUUUUUAUUCUACACGGGGGCAAUUGAAAUGUCCUUUUUGCCUCGAUACUUAUAGUUAGCACUCAAUAUAAACUUCUUUCAGGGAAAUAGUUAUAUUUAAAUGAUGUAUGAUAACAUUUGUGAAGGAUACACAGUACUCCACAAUUUUACAAUUAAAAUGUUGCAGCAAUUUGAUAUCGAGUUAUUUCAAAAAAAUUGAAUGACUCGCCAUUAAUGUACUUCUUAGGAAAUUUACAGUAAUAUGAUCAAUAUUUUUUUGUGUUUUAUCUCAUUCAUGUCUUGUAUUUUUGUGUGACACUCAUAUUUUACCGUAGGAUAAACUAAUUGAUAUAUUGUUAGCGACUUUAUCUCAUCAUUCGAAUCUAACGCGAACGUAGCUCUUGCUUUCGAGAGGUGUUGUGAUGGAAAAUCUCCACUUGAACUCCAGAAAACGGGGUUAGAUUCUGGAGAAACUGUGUUGCUGAGUAGCUCUGGGGUAUAACAU